GGGGCAGCGGGCACCGGCGGCCGGCGCGGGGUCCCUCCGAGGCGCUGCCCCGGCUGCGGGGCGGCCCCGCUCCCCCUCACACAUCCACUCCCCCCGCGCUCCAGCCGUUUGAACGCGGGGCGGGUCCCUUCCCCCUCGCUGGAAAGUUGCACGAAGUUGGGUUGUUUUGAGCUUUUUCCCUGGUUUUGGGGGUGAUUUUUCCUCUAAGCCCCCCGCGCUCGCCCGUCCCACAGCACAGUCCCCCGGGCGCUGGCGGGGCGGGACCGGGGGAAACGCGGCGCUUCCCCCGACCCUGCCCCGGCCCUGACCCCGCGGGCGGCCCCGGCCGCGCAUGCUCCAGGCUGGACAGCUCCUGAGAGGGAAAUUUAAAACCGGGCUGGAGCCCGGCCCCGCCGCCGACUCGCCGCGGCUCCGAGCCGCCGCCGGCUCCCUCGCGGCUCCCCCGGGCCCCCUCAGAGGGACACCCCGCCGCGCCGCAGCGCGGAGCUCCGGCCGGGCCCCCGGGCCCCGGCCUGCCAGCCCGGGGUUCCAGCCGGGAUUUGUGGUCUCCCGCCGCUGCUGAAGUGCUGGAUAGCUACUGCUGCCCGAACAGCUUCCUUCGGUUUCCCUGUCUGUGCCAAGGAGAUGAUAGAGAGCGAUAUCCCGUCCAUAAUGUCAGGAAUCCUUAGGAAUUCAGAGCAAAACCACCACCCUCCACAGGAGUACAGGCUCCUCGCUCCCGAGCCCUCCCAGCUGAGUGAGGAUGACCUCCCCAGCGACUUGCAGUCCUUGUCGUGGCUGACAUCUGUUGAUGUCCCUCGGUUACAGCAGAUGGCCAGUGGGAGAAUGGAUUUUAGCCUUGGUGCCCAGAAUGCGAUGCUGCAACAGACAGGUCCCGUGGCAAACAACCUGCACUCGACAGGAGCACCUGGAGCAAUGAUCCACGUCCAGGCCAGCCUUCCACAGGGAAUCCUGGGCCUCAAUUCUAUUUCAACACAUGGCACAAAUCAGAUGAGCCAGUAUGCCGUAGGAGGGCAGCCAUCUCCUAGUUUACAAACACAGCAACAGCUCUUUCCUCCUCCUCAUUCACAGCAAGUGUUUGCCCUAGCACAGAACACACAACAGUGUAACCCAGCAGCAAUCUACAACACAUCCUAUGGGACUCAGCCCCACUACUCUCAGCCACGCCUGGCUCCUCACUCUGCCCAAGAGCUGCACACAAAGCAUUACCCCAAGCCCAUCUAUUCAUACAGCUGUUUGAUUGCAAUGGCACUGAAGAACAGCAAAACGGGCAGCCUCCCAGUGAGCGAGAUCUACAGCUUCAUGAAGGAGCACUUCCCCUACUUCAAGACAGCCCCUGACGGCUGGAAGAACUCUGUGCGCCACAACCUGUCCCUCAAUAAGUGUUUUGAGAAGGUGGAGAACAAACUGAGCGGCACCUCCCGCAAAGGGUGUCUGUGGGCUCUCAACCCAGCCAAGAUCGACAAGAUGGAGGAGGAGAUGCAGAAGUGGAAGCGGAAGGACCUGGCUGCUAUUCACAGGAGCAUGGCUAACCCAGAGGAGCUGGACAAGCUGAUCACGGACAGACCGGAGAGCUGCCGGCGGCCCAGCAAGCAGCCCGAGCCCGAGGUCUCUGCCCUGAGCCACAUGGCAGCAGCACAAGGCCGCAUGUCCCUGGCGCAGCUGCAGCCGCAGCCACUGAUGACACUCUCGCUGCAGUCCAUGCCCCUGCACCACCAGCUCCAGCCCCAGCCUCGCAUCGCCCCAGACUCGCCAGCACCCGCACAGACACCUCCUCUCCACACCCUGCCUGAUGGGAGCCACAGCCCCCUCCCACACCACCCCAUGGGACGGGCACCGCCGGACUUCCUGAACGUGACAGCAGACAUGAACACGGAGGUGGAUGCUCUUGACCCAAGCAUCAUGGAUUUUGCAUUGCAAGGUAACAUAUGGGAGGAGAUGAAAGACGACAGCUUCAGCCUCGACACACUGGCUGCCUUCAGCGCCUCCCCGCUGCACCUCUCAGACUGUGACCUGGGCACCCCCGGCCUCACCCCCGUCUCCAGCGGCAGCGAUCACUCCUUCUCAGACGUGCAGGUCACCGGCCUUUACACCACCUACACCACGCUGGACAACGUGGCAGCAGCAGCUCAGUACAUGAACCCCCAGGGCAACAAACCCAUCGCUCUGCUCUGAGCUUUGCACCAUUCCAGGGACCUCCAGCGCAGGGGCCAGUUCCUCCCAACUGUUUAAAUCCAACCCGAAAGCAAUAAGAGAGCUCCUCCUGCAGAUGCUAUUUCCUGGGACACAGCACGUGAUGCCAAAAUAAAUCAAACUGUCAGCAGUAGAACCACUUUCACGUGCUGGAAGGUUGAAGAAGGGCCAUGGACACUUGUGCUCAGGACUGGGGAGCUCUCCAGAAGGAUGUGGAAGGCCUCAGUCAGCAGGAACUCAACUAGAAAGUAACUGAGCUAAAACCACCCAGUUAAGGUACACACACUUAACUGGUGCUGGGAUCUGGAUGCUGUUUGGGCACCACCUACACAGAAGCCAACACAAGCCAAUGGGCCGGUCAGCACCAAGUUAGAGUCCAAAAGGGUUGAUCCUGCACCAUUCCAUCUCUUUUCCUAAAGUUACCAAAUAACUGUUGCCCUUGAAGAAGGACCACACAGGUUCUGGAGCCACUUGCACCACUAACACUUUUCGGACAUAACUAUUGUUAAUUUAUUGUUAUGAGGUAGGAAAAAAAGGAGGAAAAAUACUAAAAGUGAAAAAUCCAACCCAUAGCAGAGAACUGUUCUAUGUAGGAUUAAAGGCAGAGCCCUUACCCGUGAAGGGAGUGGUACUACUGAAUUAUUAAACUAGAGGAUUUUAGGAAUUAUGCCUAUUUUUAGGGGGUUUUUAAGAGAUUAGAUGUGGUUAGAUCUUGUGCCUCGUGCUCCUGUCUGUUCUGUGCUAGGCAGUGUUACUGUUUGUAAAUUUAUUUAUAUUUAUUGUUAUGAAAAGCAAUUAUGUGAAGUGAGUUUGUCAAAUGCUGCAGUGACCUGGUUUACAUCCGCUAAAUUAUUCACGCUCCAAACGCAACGAGUUCAAGCGCUGUUGUUACACCACAUGUAAAGAAGCACUUUUGAUACUGUGAAACUCAUGUGUUAGAAAGAAUAACUCAGAGACCAAAUAUUGUAACUGUUCCUAGUGACUGUCACAACGUCCUUCGUUCCUGAUGUUGGAAUUCAGCAUUUAGUCUACUUACACCUCUGUGAGCAUGGAGUAAUGCUUAUGUCUUGUUUCAUCUGUUCCUGUGCAUCCAGAGACUCUCCCGGUUCCUGGGAUUGCACCCACGUGCUCACAGGCUCCUCAUCCCACACUGCUCCAUGUGCUGCAGACUGGAGGGUGCAGGAUGCUGGAUCCAUGCUCUGGGGCUUGGAGAUUCCGCUGUGAAGAUCAAGGGCUGGAAAACAUCUGUGCCUGAAUCUUCCCCCCCAGCAUCUGCCCACGGCCACCUCUUCCAAAGGGGCACGAUGCUCCACGUCCUAAUUUAUUGUCACGAGUGAUCAUUUGCUGUGAGCGGCGGCAUCGCUGGUUCUUCAUGUGUUAAAUAAACAUUUCUUAGCACUCA